AUGCGUUGGCAAAAGCAAGGGAAAUGGUUCGAAGUGGUGAAAAUCAUGGCGAUGAGAUUCUUCAAGCACAAAUGUGGUUUUGUGCCAUUGGCCAAGAAUUGUUUAAAAUUCACUACACGUGGUUCGUUCAGUUGUGUGAAGAAAACCAUUGCACAUGGCUCCUCAAGUGAACAAUAUCCGCAAUCGGUUCUCGUGAUGUGUUCCGUGGAGGAAAUAAUGGCACUAUUAUUUCCUCCAAAAGAAAAUACACCCACACGUCUUGAUCCGGUGGAACCACCUUCGCCAAUGAUUGAGUUGUCCUUAUACUCUAUUGUGUCAAACUAUGAUGACCGGAAGUAUUUCAAUUGUAUGAUGAGUGAGAUGUGA